UGGUACGUAUUUAAGUGUGUGUUUACCAUAGAGAAAAAGAAAUUGAACAGGGUGUACACACACAUACACACCCCAAAGCCCCAGGUCGCAAGCAUGGACCAAGAUUUGGAGAACGUUUUACUGUCUUUGGAAAAAAAUGGACGAUUAGACGAUGACUUGUGUAGCCUAUUCCUUCUAGCUGCCAAGCGCUGCCUCGAACAACAACAGUCAACCGCCCUCCUUGAUGCAGUUACGAAACAUGAGGUUCUUGUUGAGUAUACAGGUUGGGACCUGCUACCGAUCGUUAGUCCUUAUUUGGCAUCGGAUAAAGUGGAAGAACGAGAUGAGGAAACCCACAACAACUGUGUAGAUAUCAUUCAGCUCAUAGCAAAGGUAGGCAAGCCAAAGGAGAUAGUACUUGGACUGUUGGAACAAGUUGAUCAUUUCCUUGACAACAUGGUGUACCUGGAUUUCAUAAACCCUCUGCAAAUAGCAUUAUGCCGUUUGGAAACAGGUCUUGAGCUGAGUCUAGGCCUAGCCUUGUCAACUGUUUAUGCUCAUGUCCAAACCCUUAAGCUCCCUAGUUACGAAUCGCUUGAUGAAGAGGAGUUGCUACUUACGACACAAGAUCCAGAUUACCGACGGUUAGAGGAAACCGUGACAGUGCUGAUAGAUUUUGUCUCACCAUUUGUUUUCAAGGUGGUACAGGCGCAGAAGCAAGAUAAAGAUAAACUGAACAAUAAAACUUUGAUUAUUAAAAAAGAUGUAGAACUAUUCUUGUUGAAGUUGCUUAGCUACCCUCUUGUGUUCUUAAGCCUUGUUGACACAGCAGAUGAAAAUGAUACAGAAAACAAACCUGUAAACAACUCAACAUUCUGCACCUGCACUCAGCAAAUCAUGAAUUACUUUGAAGAAAUGAGUACUAGCUUUCCUAAUAUGAUAUUUUAUGCAACAACCCACAAGCCACGAAGACAGGAGCCUGCAACAACGGAAGAUAGGGAUGCAAGUGAUGAGGAUGGAUGUACCCAGCUCCCUCCGCAUGGUCUAGCUUGCUUUGCUUAUCUUGUUUUAUCUGUUCGGUUGGGGGAAGACCAUUUCCCUAGUAUCUACAGUGGUCAGCACGUUUUUCAAGCAUGUGUGCCUUAUGUUGUGACAUUGUUAGAGCGCCCUCAGGCUUAUGCAGUUCAGAAAGGACUGGAUUUAUUGAGUUCAACUGUUGGUGAUAUUGAUCACUUAUCACUGCCUAGCAUGUGGCUAGGUAAGAAAGGCUUCACUGAUGUUGCAGACAAUCUAUUAAAAAUUAUGAUACACUGUCCAACAGAAAAACUAAGAAAGAAAGCUGUUUCGUUACUUAAACCAUUUAUGAUGCAGUGGGAGUUCAAAGGUCGCUACCAGUUGCUUAGAAAACUAUUGAGUGAAGCGACCCAUGCUGGGGUUGAAGGCUUUCUCAUUGGAAUUCUCAAAGAUUUUGUUCACGAGACUUUACUACAAGGUUCACCGAGUAAUACAUGGUUUGUAGAUCAGCAUCUUGUUGAUAUCUGCCAGUAUGUUUUUGACCUUCCAGACGGUGCAGAAUCUGAUAUAUUAGAACGAUCAGACAAGAUAAUAUCAGCUUUAAAUUUUCUACGUUACUUGCUGUUAAGAGAUAAAUUCGAAGUAAAUGCCACAGGAGUAUGGACACAUGUUGAUGAACUAGACGAGAGGUUUCUACAACCACUUCACAGUGGCUUAGAUCUGUCAAAAGCACACUAUGACUUAAAAUUAAAAGAGGUGCAGAAAACAGGACAGACUAAAGAUGACAGGGUUAGUGUUACUGUUGGCGGUCAAAAUCUUCCCACAAUGCCAAUUGCCCAGCAAAAAGAGGUUUUGAGGUCAGCACAGUUCACCUUUGACUUAAUAGCAAGCUUGUUAGGUCGUGCAGGAGAAGUCAUUUCCAUGGAGAAAAGAACACAAAAGUAUUCUAAAUCCUGAAAAUGCAACAAUAGUGAAUAAAAUCCCACUUGCUGAGGAAAAAGCAGAAAUAGAGAUCAAGAUAAUGGAGGGCCAGCCAAGUGAAUGUUCAUCAGUGUGACCAAAAUGUUUCACCUGCCAGUGACAGUGACAAAAGAUAUGGAUUGUCAUCUCUUUGCAGGUAAAACCAACAUACACUCCACACUGGAUGACAGAAGCAACCUUUCAGAUGAAUGUAGCAGGAUGUGGAGAGUAUAAAACACUAACAGUGGAUUUCAUACCAGUUAUUGUAAUAGAAUGUUAAAAUUCCCUCUCUAGCUUUUUAUCGUAAGGUUAGGUCACAUAACUUUGGCAGCAGAUUCACUUUAAUAAAUUUAAAUGAAUGAAAAGACUAAACUAUUAAAUUCUGGCUAGCUUUAGCUAAUUCGUUUUCAUAUGACAAUAACAAUAUUGGUACUCAAGAAUGCUAUAAUAAAGCCUGAAAAAAAAUGUUUGUUUGCCCACAUUGCUUCCCCUAAAAUUUGUGAAAUUACAAUUUAAAAAAGCCAACAAAUCACUUGUUUAUAGAAUAACAUCUAAAAACAAAAUCAGAAUCAGGAAUUGUUUUUGCUGUUUUUGGUUGUUUUUUUUUCUGAAUGGUUUUUAUGAUUGCAUAUUCAAACUGGUAGUUUAUAGCAUACCUCUCUUGAAUAGACUGAAUUGUCGUCAGUGUGUUUGGUUGUUGGGUUGGCCUGUUAUAAUCAAACUGGUAUAGAGGGCAGUGUUUUACAGACAUACACACAGCAGCUCUAUCAGUAACAAUAUUAAAAAACAUUGAUUCAAGGUUGCUGAUGGAAAAACAGCAAAACUUGUCAUCCUAGUGCAUUUAUACUUUUUUUUCUCUUGUGGGGUCGUCCCACUUUUAUUUGUUCCUUCAUUACCUCCAGAUUCAAUAAUUCACAUUUCCAUCAUAAAGCUUGUCUUACCAACAGCAUAUAUAAAUAUUUUGUUGUUAUAAACAUUUCGAUAUAUCUUAACUAUUCUUUUUUUAAUUUCCUUAA